AGAGAGGGUUCAACCCAAACUAAAACCCAGACUGUUAAAAACCACAGAGAAGGGAACAGAACAUUUCUCCGAUUGAAGAAGAAGAAGAAGAAGAUGGAGUCUGUAGUUCCACUACGGCGGUGCUUCUGCCUCAAUCCGCCGGAGCUACGUCACCGCAUCGUUAAUCAUACUCGCCUCCAUCUCCAUCUCUCUGUCUCCUCCUCCUCCAAUUCGUUCGCCGCAGGGAUAUUGCUUCUCUCAGAUAAGAAGAUUCGGUUUCUAUCUCCAGUCGCGAAGAAGGCUUCCUUGAAUCGCCUGAACUCGUCUAUGAUUGGUAACUCGGAUGAAGAGCUAGAGGAAGAAGAAGAUGAUGAUGAUGAUGAUGAUUGGGAGGCAGAGUUUCUUGGGGAGAUUGAUCCGUUGGAAGUUCAACCUCCAAAGAAGAGGAAGAAGCAAGCAAAGUCGAAGGCGCUUGAUGACACUGAAGGUAUGGAUUGGUGCGUGAGGGCAAGGAAAAUUGCACUUCAGUCCAUUGAGGCUAGAGGGUUGUCUUCUAGAAUGGCGGAGGUGGUGCCUCUCAAGAAUAAGAAGAAGAAGAAGAAGACAAAGAGCAAGAAAGAUAAGGUUAAAAGUAAAAGUGUUCCUGAAGAUGGUUUCGAUUCAGAUGAAGAAGAUUUGGAGUUUCUAGAGGAGGAUAAGAUGGGGGAACUGCGGAGGAGAGUUAGCUCAUUAGCUGGUGGAAUGUUUGAGGAAAAGAAAGAGAAGACGAGGGAGCAGUUAGUUCAGAGGCUAUCCCAGUUUUCAGGACCUUCUGAUCGUAUGAAGGAGAUCAACCUGAACAAAGCUAUAAUAGAAGCACAGACCGCUGAGGAGGUACUGGAAGUAACAACCGAGACAAUCAUGGCUGUUGCCAAAGGUUUAAGCCCGUCGCCGUUAUCUCCCUUAAACAUUGCUACUGCACUCCACCGGAUCGCCAAGAACAUGGAGAAAGUCUCGAUGAUGAGAACUCGUAGGCUUGCGUUUGCUCGGCAGAGAGAGAUGUCGAUGCUUGUUGCUCUUGCAAUGACAUGCUUACCAGAUUGUUCGGCUCAAGGCAUCUCGAACAUUGCUUGGGCGUUGUCCAAAAUCGGGGGUGAACUGCUUUAUUUGACGGAGAUGGAUAGAGUCGCAGAAGUUGCCACAUCUAAGGUUGGGGAGUUCAACUCUCAGAACGUUGCUAAUAUUGCAGGCGCUUUUGCUUCCAUGCGGCAUUCUGCUCCCGAACUCUUUGCUGAGUUGUCAGAGAGAGCAGCUGCUAUUAUCGUCACCUUCAAAGGCCAAGAGAUUGCUCAACUGUUGUGGUCAUUCGCCUCGCUUUAUGAGCCAGCUGGUCCUUUGGUUGAUUCUCUGGACAGUGCUUUCAAAGGCAGUGACCAGUUUAAGUGCUGCUUGACGAAAGAAACAUCAAACUAUGAUGAAGCAGCAGACGCUGAUGGAAGCGAUGGUGCUUCAGGAUCUCCAGCACUUAGCUUUAACAGGGACCAGCUUGGAAACAUAGCAUGGUCUUAUGCUGUUCUUGGGCAACUGGAGCGAUCUUUCUUUGCAAAUAUAUGGAAUAUCUUAACCACUUUGGAAGAGCAAAGGCUUUCUGAACAGUAUAGGGAAGAUGUCAUGUUUGCUUCUCAGGUGUAUCUCGUGAAUCAGUGCUUGAAGCUUGAGUAUCCCCACCUUGAGUUGUCACUAUGUCAUGAGCUCGAAGAAAAAAUUACCCGUGCAGGCAAAACCAAAAGGUUCAAUCAGAAAAUAACCUCAUCGUUUCAGAAAGAAGUUGGACGCCUUCUGAUAAGUACAGGGCUUGAUUGGGCUAAAGAACAUGAUGUGGAUGGCUACACUGUGGAUGUUGCUCUGGUCGAGAAGAAAGUCGCUUUAGAAAUCGACGGGCCAACUCAUUUCUCAAGAAACACAGGACUACCAUUAGGGCAUACAAUGCUGAAGCGGCGAUAUGUUACUGCUGCUGGAUGGAAGGUGAUAUCCUUGUCUCUUCAAGAGUGGGAAGAACAUGAAGGAAGUCAUGAACAGCUAGAUUACCUGAGGGAGAUUCUCAACGGCUGCUUAUAGAGAAGGCAUUAAUACGUAAGACAUUGGUUGUUUAUAGAAAAGGCUAAGCUUAUUGUAUCUGUUUGAUGACUUAAGAAAACAUAAUUAAAACCAUUUAAAUUAUACA